AUGCAAUGUUCCGUCGUCACACAUUGUUUGUCAGACAAAGCACGCCUAGCACGAAUCUUGUUGCGCGACAAGCUCAUUAAGCGAUUUUGGGCAACAGAAGACCUUGACCACGAACCUUCGAAGUCUCGCGAUGAUAUGUCUUGUGAACAACAUUACAUUGAUAACACUCGACGUGACGACGCCGGUAGAUAUAUCGUACGGCUCCCUUUUCGAGACAAAAAAUUUCAGCUAGGUGAAUCCAGAAAUCAAUCUUUAAAGAGUUUCUACGCGCUGGAGAAAAAAUUCGAAUCCAAUUCACAGUUAAAGUCAGAGUAUCACAAAGUAUUUAAUGAGUACAUUGCGUCAAAAUAUAUGAGUUUGUGUGACAACAUCACGGAGGGAUGUAAUUUGCCUCAUCACGCUGUGAUUAAAACAGCUAGCGAGACUACUAAGAUUAGAGUGGCGUUUGGCGCAUCCGCAAAAACGUCGACAGGAAUUUCUCUCAAUGACGUUCUAUUGGUAGGUCCCACAAUUCAAAAUACCAUCUUUGAGCAGGUUCUCAGGUUUCGAACACAUACGUAUGUGAUAACCGUCGACAUCGAGAAGAUGUACAGGCAGGUCCUGGUCCAUCCGGACGACCGAAAAUUUUAA